AUGGCGGACUCAAGCGAACCACCCAAACUACCAAAGUUCUUCGAAGGCGCCCCGCUACACGCGCAUUCUUUCCAAUGGAACAAAUGCUGGGAGACCAAAUGCACCCCCUGGGACCGCGGUGGGCCUAGCAUGGCGCUGCACGAUCUGCUCAAAGAGAAUCCUCUUGGAAUCAUCCAAUUACCCACAGAGGGUUCUCCGAAAAGAGCUCUUGUGCCUGGCUGCGGCAGGGGCCAUGAUGUAUUGCUGCUUAGCUCUUUCGGGUACGACGUGUAUGGUCUAGACGUUUCGUCCCAAGCCCUCGAUGAAGCAAGACAGAACGCCGAACGAGCACUAUCUGAGGGUCUCUACAAGAUAGAGGCAAGCACGCGGGGCGCUAUCAACUGGACAUGCCAAGACUUCUAUGCCGAGGAAUGGAAGGACGUUCCCACACCGUUCGAUCUUAUCUUCGACUAUACGUUCUUCUGCGCUAUGCCGCCGCCGUUACGUCCGGCCUGGGCGUCGAGGAUGAAAUCCUUGCUUCGCCCUGGCGGACGACUGGUGUGCUUGGAGUUCCCCUCCGAGAAGAAGGCGAGCGAGCCGGGCCCGCCGUGGGCUGCGCCGCCGAGGGAGUAUCUCGGAUACCUCUCGAAUCCGGGAGCCCAACCACCCACGGACGAGCAUGGUGGCGUCGUUGAAGGGUUGGCUGAAUCGGUUAGUCCCGGUGGACUUAAGAGGUUGGUGCAUGUUAAGCCUAGGCGGACACAUGAGAGUGGAACGCAGGAUGGUAGGGUCCAGGACUAUAUAUCUGUCUGGGCACAUGCUGAUGAGUAG